CCCAGGCCCCAGUUGCCACGGAAGAUCAUUAGUAAACCAGCUUGGAGCCUGGGAAGCAUUCUAAGCUCUAGCUAUCAGCAUCCUUUCGGGGUCACAGGAUUGAAACGAAGUGAAAUGGGGUUUAACGUCAACCGAGCUAAUGAAGACGGACUGGGCUCAUUUUAUGAUGCAAAUAGGCCAAGUUAUACAGAUGAAGCAGUGGAUAAGAUAUUGGAGUUGAUUAGGAAUAUAGAGUUGCCUAAAGGCCAAGCAAACUCUCUACAAUAUGAUAUAGUGGAACUUGGGGCCGGAACUGGAAAAUUUACCACAAAAUUAAUAGAGAAAUUACAGUCAGAGAAGUAUUUGGCCACUGAACCAUCCGAGAACUUUGUGAACACUAUGAAGAAACAUGGUAUAGACGCACUACAAUGUGCAGCAAAUGACCUUCCCUUACCAGAUAAUUCAGUUAAAGCUAUUGUUGGUGCUGAAUGUUUUCAUUGGUUUGCUAAUGUAAAAAGUCUAACAGAGAUUAACAGAGUUCUCGUACCAAAUGGUCUUUUAGUUUUGGUAUGGAACAGAAAAGACCAGGAUGUACCUUGGGUGGAUGAAUUACUGAAGAGUGUUGAGUCUUACAUGGGAGACAACCCGCCACCCCAAUACUUCGAUAUGAAAUGGAAAGAUGUUUUUAAACAUGUAAAAUAUAUCCAACAUGUACAAGAUUACAAAUUGAAAGGCAUCAAAUUUGAGGGAUCAGCUGACUUUUUGUUGGAUAAUCUCUUUUCAAAAAGUUACAUGAGUAAGAUGUCGACAGAGGAGAAACUGAAGGCACGAGAAAAGUUGUUGAAAGUGGUACAGAAACACCAUGGAAACAAUUCCAGUAUCGAUGUUCCAAGUUAUACAAUAAUACAUUUAUAUAAGAAAAUAAACUAAAUUUUAUGUU